UUCCAGACUAGAUAACAAUGAUAAGAGUUUAAUAUAAUGAUGUUAUUGUCUAUUUGUCUUCUGAUCCUAAAAUCAGUUUCUGGAUCAAUAGCGGAGAGGGACAGAAAACAAGAUUACGGGUAUGAUUACUUGGAGGAAGAAUACAGUGUUUACGAAAACCUGGCAGAUGAAGGGUUUAUCCCAGAGUUUACAGUAGAACCAACUAAGCUAAUGGUCACAUUAGGAUCGACAGCAAGAUUAUUCUGCGAAGUUAAAGAAUUAGGUCCCACUACUAUAUCUUGGAGGAAACUUGACUCAAAUGAUUCAAGUGAGCCAGCAUAUGUUGCUGUUGGGCCUACCCUACUCACCACAGAUCCUAGAUUCCAGGUUAGCUUAACACCACAGGGCUCCAUCCUGCAGAUAUUGCUGGUUCGGGAUCAAGAUCAGGGAGAAUAUCAAUGUCAGGUGUUUUCACAUCCCCCCGUGUACCUCACACAUACUCUAACUAUUAAAAGGUCACCGGUGGUGAAAAUAUUGGGUAAACCUGACUCUGGUGUGUAUACCAUAGUAGAGGGACAGGAGCUAGCUCUUGUAUGCCAGGGUGAGGGGGAUCCUAAACCAGAUAUAUACUGGAGACGUCAGAAUAAGAGAUUAGUGGAUGGUUCUAGAAGAAUAUCUGGAGAUCAGCUGAUAUAUACCAGGGCAACCCGGAAGCAUAGCGGCGUGUACAUGUGCAUUGGGUCUAACGGGUUCGGAGUACAAGCAGAGGAUAAACUAACAGUUUAUGUACAAUAUGGAGCAGAGGUUGAUAUUGAGGUUGAUUAUAUUCACCAAAAGAACAGAACUCAGUUGGAAAUACUUUGUAGAAUUCAGGGUUCUCCUAUACCUAGAGUAGAAUGGUUUGGUUUGGAUGAAUUAAGAUCAGAUAAUAAUAUCGAUCUAUCGAUCAGUCGAGGAAAAGAGGUUCUGCUGAUCAAGGAUAUUUCAAAGAUUAGUAGCAGCAUAAUAACCUGCAGAGCAGCAAAUAUACUUGGAUAUCAGGAUGCUGUAUUCAAUGCUACAGGAAAUCCUGAAACAUGGAGUAUAAACAAACAAGAAAAGAUGGAGAGCAAACAAGAUAAAGAAUUGAUUGCGGCACCUAACCAUCUUCUUUAUAACUCUCCAGUUCAGCCAUCUACCAAUAUUUCUUCAAACCAUAUAGUUCAUGAAUCUGCCAACAUUUUACCCCCAGUUACAGUUCAGCAAUCUACAUUUCGAACAACCGUGGAAGAAAAAUCUACGAAAAUCUCUUCAAACUUUGUUCCUGAUUUUUCAAACCUGAACCUGCCAGGACAGUUCGAAUCCUUUUUCCCGGAACUUGAUCAGGAACAAGAUCAGGUUCAGGUCAAGGUUCAUCAAUUCGUCGGGGAUCAGGUUCAGGUUCAAGGUCCGGAGCAGGUUCAUGUUCAAGAUAAAGAGGAAAGUUUAAACUCUUUGCAGCCAAUCCCAGGCCUUGAUGCAACAUCUGUAGGUGGUUGCAGGAAUAAGGACCCUGAUAUUCUUGUCAAACUUCAUCAAACCCUUCAAGCGGUUCUAGACAAACUGGACAAAUUGGACAAAUUAAACAAACUUGACAAAUUGGACAAAAUUGACAAAUUGGACAAACUUGACAAAUUGGACAAACUUGACAAACUGGACAAAUUGGACCAAUUGGACAAAUUGGACAAAUUGGACCAAUUAGACAAAUUGGACAACCACUAGAAAAACUGUAAAAAUUAAGCGAACUGUCCAAAUUGGAAGAAAAAAAAUAACAAAAUGACUGAAUGCAAAAAAAAUGUAUCAAUUCACGGUUAAAUGAAUGAUUGCGAUUUUGAAAACAAGUUUACAGAAAUUAUGCAAAAUUCACUCUUAAACUGGCAAAAUAAAAAUUUGACAGUUUUUCUUUAAAUUUCAUCAAGAAGAGUGUCUUUCACUUUGAUUGUAGAUUAUUAAAGUGUUAAGUUAAAAAAAAAGUUAGUUUAAGAAAUAGAUAUUCAAAAAUACUAUUCUAAAGUCGUCUUUGUCUUUUCGGGGAGCCAUGUUGUACAGUUUACAGUUUACAAUGAUGCAACAUGAGGUGUUUAAGGUUUACAUAGCAUGGAAUAAAUAAACAAUAAAAUAAUAUCUUUUUGAGAUAACAAUAUUUUUAUUUUUAUGUUUUCUAAUAGAUUCUGUUGCAGAAUGGGUAUGAUAAGUUCCUGUGUUAAAUGAAGCGUAAUUUCAAGUGCAACCCUUCAUCUAAAGAUGACAAUGCCCGAUUCACAACGGUACCCUUGAACAGCUUUGUCUCAAGACUGACAUAGUAAUGAUUAUAUUUUGAAAACUCAUUAUUUUCAAUUGUGGUUUCUCUACAAAAGUGACUUGCGCAUUUCUACUACAUAAAAACACAUAGGAAUCAUUAUAAAAACACUUUAAAACCUAGAAGAACUAGAAUAUCUUCCAUAUUUUUGAUUUGGUAAUGGUUGCAAGGGUA